UGUAGGAAUGUAGAUCUCAUCAUAAACAAACAUAUAUAAAUAUAACCUAUCAGUAUCAUAUUGGCAAAAAACAAAAUGGGUCCGAUAUCAUAUAUUCCAGUAGCAGAUUUAAAACCAGAUCAACAUCAAGUAAAUUUAAAAGUAAAAGUAAUAGCACAAAUUAUAAUAGGAGAAGUAGAUGAUUAUCCCACUUGGACUAAAAUUAAAGUAGCAGAAAUUUUAAUUGGAGAUUCGACAGGAUGUAUAAUCAUGAAAGCAAUGAACGAUCAAAUAAAUUUAUUGCAACCAAAUACUACAGUAAAUAUUCAUAAUGCAAGAGUAGAAAUGUAUCGUGGAUUUAUGAGAAUAGUAGUUGAUCAAAAUACCAGUGCAGAAAUUACAAUUGAAAAUAAUAACGAGAAUAGUAUUAAUAAUAUUAAUUUAGAAAAAAAUCUAUCCUUAGUAGAAUAUCAAUACGUUCCUCAUGUUGUCUUAAACGGGGAUUAAAUAGGAUAUAAAAUGAGUGGGAUAUUAAAUAAUGGGAAUAUUAAAUGGGAAUAUAAUAUUAGAUGGGAAUAUCAAUCGGGAAUAUUAAAUGGGAAUAUUAAAUGGGAAUAUUAAAUGGGAAUAUUAAAUAGGAAUAUUAAAUAGGAAUAUUAAAU